UACUAAAAAAAAGAAAGAAAAUGAAAGAAUAAUUUUAUUUAAAGAAGAGAUAGAAGGCCAAUGUUGGCACAUCGAGAGAGAGAGAGAAUGAGAAUGUGAAGAGAACAGUGUGUAAGGCUUAGAAAGAAAGCAGUGAUCUGAGUUAGUCACAAUAACCCAAAUCAGAAAGAAGAAGAUAACUGAAAUGAAGAAGCAAGAAGAAGAAGAACUACAUCAAGAACAAGGAUGCGACAUUGAAGCCAUAGGAAUCACCUACAAGAUCCAAAUUCAUAACUCCAAAUCCCCAUUUCUCAAAUUCUUCUCCACCUCAAAACCCUCCCUCCGCCAUCGCCACCUCCUCUCCGACGUCAAUUGCCAAGCCAAAUCCGCCCAAAUCCUUGCCAUUGUCGGCCCCAGCGGCGCCGGAAAAUCCACUCUCCUCCAAAUCCUCGCCGGAAAAACUACCCCUCACGGCGGCUCCCUCCUUCUCAACCACCUCGCCGUCGACCCUUCCUAUAUCAACCGAAUCUCCGGCUACGUCCCUCAAAAAGACUCCCUUUUCCCUCUCCUCACUGUCGAAGAAACUCUGACCUUCACCGCCCGCCUCCGUCUCUCCCUCCCUUCUUCCGACCUCACCGCCAAGGUUACUUCUUUGAUCGACGAACUCGGUCUGACCCAUGUUGCCCAUUCCCGAGUCGGCGACGACCGAGUCCGUGGAAUCUCCGGCGGCGAGCGGCGGCGGGUUUCAAUCGGCGUGGAAGUGAUUCACGACCCCAAAGUUCUUAUUCUUGACGAACCCACUUCCGGUCUCGACAGCACUUCCGCUUUUCAGAUCAUCGACAUGCUGAAAACAACCAUGGCCGAAGCUCAGCGAAGAACCAUCAUUCUUAGCAUCCAUCAACCUGGAUUCAGAAUCGUGAAGCUUUUCGAUUCCAUUCUUCUUCUUUCCAAUGGCUCUGUUUUACACCAUGGCUCUGUCGAACAACUCGGACUCAACCUCACUCUAAUCGGCCUUCAACCUCCUCUUCAUCUCAACAUUCUCGAAUUCGCCAUUGAAUCCAUCGAAACAAUCCAACAAACCCCAAAUCAAACCCAAUUGUUAAUCCCUCAAUCCCAACUAAAACCCCCUAAAUUCACCCUGCAACAGCUAUUUCAACAGUCCAAGGUCAUCGACGAGGACACCAUCAAAAUCGGAAUCCAUAAAUCAAUCCCUCACCAUUUCGCCAAUUCCCCAUUCAAAGAAACAGCCAUCCUCAUGCACAGAUUCUCCAAGAACAUAAUCAGAACAAAGGAGCUUUUCGGUUGCAGAACAGUACAAAUGUUGGUAACAGGGCUUGUUCUUGGUUCAAUUUUCUACAAUCUCAAAUUCGAUUUAAUUGGUGCUGAAGAACGCGUGGGAUUAUUCGCCUUCAUUCUCACAUUUCUGUUAACAACCUCAAUCGAAGCCCUCCCAAUUUUCUUACAAGAAAGAGAGAUUCUAAUGAAAGAGACCUCCUCAGGUAGUUACAGAGUAUCCUCUUACGCCAUAGCCAAUGGAUUAGUAUACCUCCCGUUUCUACUAAUCUUAGCAAUUCUGUUCUCAAUUCCAUUAUACUGGCUAGUGGGUCUUAACAGAAACAUAAUAGCGUUUCUUCAUUUCAUGCUAUUGAUAUGGCUGAUUCUAUACACAGCAAAUUCAGUGGUGGUUUGUUUCAGUGCAUUAGUGCCAAAUUUCAUAGUGGGGAACUCAGUGAUAUCGGGGGUAAUGGGUUCGUUCUUCCUGUUCUCGGGGUACUUCAUAUCGAACCAGGAAAUACCAAAGUAUUGGAUAUUUAUGCAUUACAUAUCGGUGUUUAAGUACCCAUUUGAAGGGUUUUUGAUAAAUGAAUUUUCGAGAUCAGGGAAGUGUUUGGAAAUGAUGUUUGGGGAAUGUGUAGUGAGAGGAGAGGAUGUGUUGAAGGAAGAAGGAUAUGGGGAAGAAAGUAGGUGGAGAAAUGUAAUGGUAAUGGUGGGUUUUGUUUUGAUUUAUAGAUUUGUUUCUUAUGUUAUUCUUAGAUGUCGAUGCUCCUCCAACAGGAAAACUGGGUUUGUUUAACAUAGAAACGAAGAAGAAUGAAGAUGAAGAUGAAGAUGAAGAAGGAAGAAAGAAGAAUAAGAACAAAAAUCUCUCUCUUCACGAGUUUGGAUUUGAAAGAUGCUCUCUUAAUUCACGUGGUAGUUUUAAUUGUAGCUAAAGAUUAUACUCACACGUGUUUGUUUGUUCUUUGUGAUUUUUAAUUUUAUUUAUUUUUGCCUUGUCUCUCUAACUAUAUAUAUAUAUAUGUAAAAUUUUCUAUUUGGUGUGU